AUGUGGAGCCUGAGGCCGGGAACAGAGCACUCCGCGGACGCUGACCUUAUUACAGGCGAGAUCACGAACCCGAGCUCUGGUUCAAUCCCCGAAACCCCGUUACCUGGGAAACCGUCUGACCGGCGCCUCGAGGGCUCCCGUGAAUGGAGUGACUUCACGGGGCCGGCGCCAGAGAGUCUGCCCCAAGACAUAGCACGAGGACAGGAGCGGGGACGCGCGGCUCGUUCUCUGCGCAUGCUCGACUUGGGGAUCUCCCGGAGCAAGACCCCCGUGGACGACCCAUUGAGUCUGCUCUACAACAUGAACGACUGCUACUCCAAACUGAAGGAGCUGGUGCCGAGCAUACCCCCGAACAAGAGCGUCAGCAGGAUGGAAAUCCUCCAGCACGUUAUAGACUACAUCCUGGACCUGCAGAUCGCUCUGGACUCGAGUGUUGUGCUGUCACGGACCCGGACCCCGCUGACCGCGCUCAACGCAGACAUCAGCAUCUUGUCACUACAGUCUCCGGAGUUCCCACCAGAGCUGACGGCAGAUGACAGGCGGACCCUACAUCGUUAA